AUGUCAGGUAGGAUGCAUGGGGGUGGUAAGGGAGCGGAUUCAAGUGUCCACCGCGUGUUCUGGCUCUACGUACCACAUCUCCCCGAUAGGAGUUACUUGAAUUGCGUGAUGAGUUUACGGGAGCGGUUAUUCUCCAAGGCCUUCCGGCCAAUUUUGACCACGCUCGUAUCUGGCCUGCUCGAUAUCCUCCACGUGCUCAUCCCGCAGGGCGUGCUUUGUGCGCUGGAGUCAAAGUCCUCGUCUCCGCGCAAUGGAAUGCAUGAUCGUUGCUCCGUCAGCAUGCAGCACGAUAGGGUCACAUCACGCAGUCGAGAUAAACAGCGACAGCUCCAUUUACUAAAGGCUGUGACCUACGGUCCUCUCCAGGCUCACGUCCCGAUCUUUAGGGGCGUAGCGCACGGGAAGGUAUCAUCACCUAGUUGCGUUGCAAGCUUCGCACUCAUAUACUUCUUCCUUGUUGGACUUUCCACGACGGCCCGAAAUGUGAUCCAUCAGUUACUCCCCGCACUCGCACCCGCACCUCAGCAAGACACAAUCGUAGAUUUCGACAACGCCGACGCUGAAGAUAUCGAGCGUGGGACUUGGCAGUGGCUCACACCAUGGUCGAUCACGUUAGGCCGUCCCAAUGCCCGCCAUGCCCUUUCCGUCCGCCAGUCUUACCAAUUCCGCUUUGGCUGGUACUCCAUCGCCCGUGGAAGAGACGAAGACGCUACGCUGGAUGCAGACUACAUUGAUUCUCUCGGCGAGAUGGGCCGGGGCGAGCUUGCGAGUGAUCUGGUGGGGCGGCUGAGUCGCGUUGUGCGGGCCAUGUCGGAGGAAGAACGCGCCGCGCGGCAGGAAGGAUUGCGUCGCGAGUUGGGUGUUCUGAUAAGGCCGGAGUGGGUGGGGCGAGCCGAGGAGACGGCUGGGGGCGCGGAUACCCUAGGCGCCCUAGGUGGUGGGGCUGGGGGAAUCCCCCCGCUGUGGGCGGAUCCGUGGUGGACGGCUGCGGGCUCGUUCCCGGGGGCGGGAGGCGCACGUCCACCGUGGAGGGAAGUGUGA